UCCUUGCAGGUGGCUCGUCUUCCGCCUCUCCUGAACCCCGCAGGCGCCGUGCCGGCUGCCGUGGGAGCGCCUUUGUGUCCGGCCCCGAGAGCCCGCGACGGCCGCUGCGCGCCCGGGUCCAUUGUUUCGCUUCUCUGUCUCUUCCGGGCAGGUGCCCGCGGCGCGCGGGGCCUGCACGUGCCAAAGCGGCGGCAGGAGGGCAGGGACCCGCGGGCGCAGGCAGGGGCGUCCCGGGCGCGCGGCGCGGGAUGAAGUACCUGAAGCCUUGGUGGUCGGACGGCGGCGGCCUCCUGCACCUCACCAUCCUGCUGAGCUUGGCGGGGCUCCGCCUGGACGUGGACCUGGACCUCUACCUGCUGCUCCCGCCGUCCACCCUGCUCUGGGAUGAGCCGCUGCUCGCUGGCGGCCCGACGAGCUCCGCCUACGCGCUCAGCCCCUUCCCGGCCUCGGGAGGGUGGGGGCGCGCGGACCGGCUGCACCCCAAAGGCCGCGAGCCGGACCCCGAGGCGGAGCCCGAGGGCCGGCUGCUUCGGGAGGUUCGCGCGCUGGGGGCCCCCUUCAUUCCCCGCACCCGAGUGGAUGCGUGGCUCGUGCACAGCGUAGCGGCCGGGGAAGCCGACGGGGCCCACGGGCUGCUCGGCGCCGCCGCCGCCUCCGCCGGAGGAGUCGGCGCCAGUGUACACGACAGCAGCCAGGCUGCGCCGGGGGAUGGCGGGGACUCCCGAGCGGCUGCAAGUAGCCCCUUGGCCGCCGGGGAAGAGGAGAAGGCACCGGCAGAACCGACGGCUCAGGUGCUGGACGCCGGCGGCCGCGCGAACCAGGAGAAUGAAGUACUGAGAGAGAGGCACGAAGCUGUGGAUCACAGCUCCCAGAAUGUGGAAAAUGAGCAAAGAGUAUCAGCCCAAGAAAAAUCACUACCGCAGAAGAAUGAGGAUGAAAGUAAAAUAGCAGAUAAACCUGACUGGGAGGCAGAAAAGACCACUGAAUCUAGAAAUGAGAGAUCUCUAAAUGGGACAGAAACAGCUCUCUCUCUGGAAGACUUAUUUCAGAUGCUUUCAUCACAGCCUGAAAAUUCACUGGAGGGCAUCUCCCUUGGAAAUAUUUUUCCAGGAAGUAUCAGUGAUGGCAUGAAUUCUUCAACACAUAAUGUAAACUUUAGCCAAGCUAUAAGUCACGAUGUGAAUCUCCAUGAGGCCAUGUUGCUGUGUCCUGACAAUACAUUUAGAAGAGAACCAGUAGCAAGGACUUCACAACCACAAGAACCAUUUCUGCAGUUAAAUUCUCAUACUACCAAUCCUGAACAGACCCUUCCUGGAACUAAUCUGACAGGACUUCUUCCCCUUGUUGGCAAUCAGAUGAGGAAUCUAACAAGUCAAGAUCUUCUACAUGACCUCGAUAUAAACAUAUUUGAUGAGAUAAAUUUAAUGUCUUUGGCCACAGAAGGUUUUGAUCCAAUGGAAGUGUCUCAGCUUUUUGAAGAACCAGAUUCAGAUUCUGGGCUUUCCCUAAAUUCAAGCCACAAUAGUACCUCUGUCACCAAGUCGAAUUCCUCUCGGUCUGUGUGUGAAGGUGCUACAGGUUGUAGUAGUGACCUUGAACCUCUUUUCCACCGUGACUUGGAAGGAGCUGUAGGAGGGUACUACCCAGAGCCCAGUAAGCUUUGUCACAUGGACCAUAGGAGUGAUACUGGUUUUCAUGGGGACCUUGCAUUUCAACACAUUUAUCAUAACCACACUUACCACCUACAGCCAAGUGCUCUAGAUUCCACUUCUAGAUCUUUUUCAUGGCAUGGGAAGUCACAGAAAAUAAGUAAGUACCUCAAUGACACAGACAGAAACUUAAGCCGUGAUGAGCGGCGUGCUAAGGCUCUGCAUAUCCCUUUUUCCGUAGAUGAAAUUGUCCGUAUGCCCGUUGAUUCUUUCAACAACAUGCUAAGCAGGCACUACCUGACAGAUUUACAAGUGUCACUCAUCCGUGAUAUCAGAAGAAGAGGGAAAAAUAAAGUUGCUGCUCAAAACUGUCGUAAACGCAAACUGGACAUAAUUCUGAAUCUUGAAGACGAUUUAUGUAACUUGCAAGCCAAGAAAGAAAUCCUUAAGAGAGAAAGAGCCCAGUAUAACAAAGCUAUUAACACAAUGAGACAAAAACUGCAUGACCUUUAUCAUGAUAUUUUUAGUAGGUUAAGAGAUGAUGAUGGUAGGCCAGUCAGUCCAAACCAGUAUGUUCUACAGUGCAGCCAAGAUGGAAGUAUUUUGAUUGUACCUAAGGAACUGGUGAGCUCAGGCCACAAAAAGGAAAACCGUAAGGGAAAAAGAAAGUGAGGAAACUGAAGACAGAUUCCAUUAAGAUGUAUAAGGUAUCAAACGGAUACAUGGCCACAAACCAUUGAAACUGCUUCAAAAGUUUGGCUCCAGUAUCUUUUACUACUGCUACUUGAAUCACUCAGGGCUACGUUUUGAAGCUUUUGGACAAAUUUGUGGUUAGUUUUGGGGAAGCCACAACUUUUCAUGAAGCUGACUGCAUUAUAUGCAGGACUCCUGACAGGACAGUCCAGUCACUUGGUAACCAUCCCCACCCCCACCCUCCGCCCCCAGUAAGAUGAUCACUUCAAAGAGCAAACACUGGAUGUAAAUUUUAAGCAUUUUGGUUUUUGACUUGAAAUGCAACAUAAUGUAGCUUUUAGCUUUAAGUAUUUUAGCACUGAAUAUAUGGAGUCUUACAAAAGCUAUUUUAUCUUUCAAUGAAUACUUAAAUUACAACAUUUGAAUUUAUAAAAAUUUCUUAUAUAGAAAUUCUAACCGUAUUUAUCUUGGAUAUUUUUCUCCACAAAACCCACAUUCAGCUAUACAGGUGAUACAUGUAGCCAACAGGGCAGCACAGUGUGGGUUUUAGUAUUGCACAAAAAUUGAUCAGACUUAGGCCAAACAGUCACGCCUUCAACUUACCCAACUUCUAAACCAAGGUGCCAAGGAACAAAAUUGGGGCUUCAAAACAUUAUUGUCUAAGGACAAAGACCUUUACACAGGUUUAUGCCUCUUGUAAGUAGACACAGCUACUUGCAUAUAGAGAAAUAGAACUACCUAGCAAGUUCAGCCAGCCUGUAGAAAUGUCUGCACAUCUGUAACGUGGACCUCUCCCCCAAAAGGCCUCAACAUAAUGUGAAAACGUUACAAGCAACACAAGCCAACAGUAGGGGAAAGGGGAAGUCAGUAGAGUAUGGGCUUUACAACCAAAUAAAACCUGGAAUAAUUGGAACCACAUGAAACACUCUUAAAUGCUUAAAAAAAGGCAAAAACAAAGUGAAUUUGAAAAUGAACUAAAUGAAAGCUCAAUGAGCUUAUUGCAACAGCAACCUGGAUAACUUUCUGAAAAUGUUCAAAGUUUGGCAACAUUAAAAUUAGUAGAGUCAACGUUGUCAUAAUGAUCUACCAAAGGAUAUCACAGGAGUACCACCUUGGUUUAGAGAAAUGCAGUGGUUUCAGAGUCUAGAUUUUUAACGCCUUAAACUGAACCUAGGUAGGUUAUUUCAAGACCAGACUUUCAACAAAAUGCUUUGAGUUUUGUAGUGCCCAGAAAUUACUUCAGAUCUACAAUUUAAACUUCCACAGUACUACCUACCCACAAGUAGCCUUAUCCACCCAAUUGUUAACACUUAUGACGGUGCACUAUCCUCAAAUCCCUGAAAAUAUCAAGCACCACAAUGGAACUAUACACCAAAGGAUCAAACAUGGAUAAAUAGGGACCUAAGAACAGGUACUUAAAAUUUUGACAUUCACAGUAACCAAAGCUUAAAAUAGUUUGAAUCUGGAAGGUAUUUGGUGCAUUGUGACCAAAAGUAAAUGCACCAAACUUCCAAAGAAAAAUCUGGCCUCAAAGCAUGUAAACUUCAGCUGCUUACUCUAAUACAAGUUUCGGAAGUGGAAAUCCCACCGCCAAGAUUUUAGUCUAAAUGCCCUUGCAGAUUAGGAAUGUAAUGGACACCCGAAGGAUGACUGAAAUGUUCUGCGAGCUAGUGGUCUUAAAAUGUAGUUUUUCCUGGAGUUCAGAAAGGUUACAGAAAAGGAGAAAUCUGAUCUAUUCAGCUUCAGAUUGUAGAAACUGACCAUGUUCAGAAUCUCAAAAGUUCUCACUGAAGCUGUAUGCACUUUGCUUGGUAGAACUUGAACCAAACUGCUCACUGAGCUGUAUAAGACAUGGUUAUGCAGUCAAGACUGUUGUUACUG